CCUCACUCGCAUCAAACGCGUUUACCCACCAUCCAGACACCCAUCAUGUCCAAACGACCAGCCGACGAACCGCUCGGAACUCUUGAGGAACAACAGGAGCAACCGCUUACUCCCAAGCGAGCCCGCGUUGAUGACACCGACGACGAGAGCUAUCCACCACCUCCACCACCUCCACCGCCGGCGGAGGAGCACGAGGAUACGGACGAGGAGGGGGAGGAUAGCGCGUAUGCUGCUUUCGUGGAGGAUUCACACCAGGGGCCUGCGGAGGGAUUCUCAGAUCUGUAUCUCGACACGAUUGAUAGGAAACUGCUAGAUUUCGAUUUUGAGAAACUCUGCUCGGUAUCGCUCUCGAACAUUAAUGUCUACGCGUGUCUCGUCUGCGGCAAAUACUUCCAGGGCCGCGGCCGCAGCAGCUACGCAUACACUCACUCGCUCGACCAGGACCACCACGUUUUCAUAAACAUGGCCAGUCUCAGAGUGUAUGUCCUACCCGAGAGCUACGAGGUGAUGAACAAGACGCUAGACGACAUCAAGUAUGUAGUUAAUCCUACGUACUCGAGGGACGAUGUAAAGAAGUUGGAUACAGAGGUGGCGACGAAGUGGGAUCUGGGGAAGAAGAAAUAUAUACCCGGUUUUGUCGGUCUCAAUAAUAUCAAGCAGAACGACUACCUUAAUGUUGUCGCACAUGCGCUGGCUCAUGUUCCACCACUACGGAAUUUCCUCAUGCUUGAGGAUCUCACUUUCAAGCCUGAGCUCGCACAACGUUUCUCCACUCUCGUCCGCAAGAUCUGGAAUCCCCGCGCCUUCAAAUCUCAUGUCUCGCCGCACGAACUGCUACAAGAGAUCUCCCUGCGCUCAUCCAAGAAGUUCACGCUUCUCUCUCAAUCCGACCCAGUCGACUUCCUCCACUGGUUCCUCAACAACCUCCACCUCUCACUCGGCGGAUCCAAGACGAGGCCCGGGUCCUCCAUCAUCCAAAAGGUGUUUCAAGGCAAGCUGAAGAUGGAAUCGCAAGCGAUCACCGCCAAGGCCGAUGCCUCUGACCGCCUCCGCUUCGAAGAAGCCGGCGAGAUCAAAACGGACAUUGCGCGCUUCCUAAUGCUAACGCUCGACCUCCCACCGAAACCCAUCUUCAAGGACGAGCAAGACAAAAACAUCAUCCCACAAGUACCGCUCACCACGAUCUUGAGCAAAUACGACGGGCUACACUCGCAGGAGCUGCUCGGACAGCGACGACGAUACAGACUACUCCACCCAAUGCCUCCGUACCUGAUUUUCCACGUCAAGCGCUUCGCAAAGAACAAGUUUGUCGAGGAGCGGAAUCCUACGAUUGUGACGUUCUCGCCCCGCGCACUAGAUAUGAGUCCGUACAUCGAGCCGUCGGAGGGACAUCCCGGUGGUGAGCCGGUGCUGUAUGAUCUGAUCGCGAAUAUCACACAUGAGACGGUCGUCGAGGCGGGGAAGAAGGAGGGCGAGCUGAGGAGUGUCUUCAAGGUGCAGCUGCUCGAGAAGGCGAGAGGCGAGUGGAUGCAGAUUCAGGACUUGUUUGUUGAGGAAGUCGCUCGGGAGCUGUUGUUUACCAGCGAAAGCUAUGUGCAGAUCUGGGAGAGGAGGCGGGUGGUCGGGAAGGGGAAAGGGAAAGGGAAAGCGUAGAUGUGGUCGAUAGAUUACAUAAUUUAUUCUACAUACCUACAUAGACAGGAAUUUACAGUCCCAGCACUGCGGCUUAGCGGCGAUAUCCGAGUGACGAAUUGGUCAUCUUUCUA